GAUGCCAAUUGGCAUUUGGCAGCACUGCAUAUAAGACUGACCGUUCGAGGCUCCAAGAUCAGUCUCUGUUGUUUCCUUGCAAAAGAUUGACUUUUGAAGUCCUGAUUUGAGUUUCGAAGAUGAGCGAUGAUCUGAUUGAUAAGGUGAGCGCCUUAGGUGAGCGCCUAAAGAUCGGUGGGGCUGAGAUGGGCCGGAAGAUGUCAGCAGGUGUGAGCUCUAUGAGUUCAAAGAUGAAGGAGUUCUUCCAAGGCCAGAACCAAGAAGCUAAGAUUGUGGAGGAAGCCACUGCAGAGGCUUUGGAUGCACCUGACUGGGCUGCCAACCUUGACAUCUGCGACAUGAUCAACAGUGAAAAGGUCAAUAGUGUGGAAGUCAUCAGGGCCAUUAAGAACCGUAUUAUGUUGAAGAACCAUAGGGUCCAAUAUCUUGCUCUGGUCCUCCUCGAGACGUGUGUAAAGAACUGUGAGAAGGCCUUCUCCGAGGUUGCUGCUGAGAGGGUCCUUGAUGAGAUGGUCAAAUUGAUUGAUGAUCAUCAGACUAUAGUGAACAAUCGGAAUAAGGCCCUUGUACUUAUUGAAUCAUGGGGAGAGUCUGGUGAUGAGCUUCGAUAUCUGCCAGUCUAUGAAGAGACCUACAAGAGUUUGAAAUCGAGGGGCAUUCGAUUUCCUGGACGUGACAAUGAGAGUUUGGCUCCAAUCUUUACCCCACCUCGCUCAGUUUCAGAGACACAAUCACAUGAUAAUGAAUUUGGGUUUGAGCAUGCUCAUCAUGAAGCUCCCAUUCAAAGUUUUUCUGUUGAACAAAUAAAGGAAGCAUUUGAUGUCUCUCGAAACAGUGUUGAGCUUCUUUCAACAGUUUUAUCUUCAUCUCCCACACAAGAUGCAUUGCAGGAUGAGUUGACUACUACGCUUGUUCAACAAUGCCACCAAAGUCAGACGACCAUCCAGCGGAUCAUAGAGACUGCCAACGAUGAAGCACUGCUCUUCGAGGCCUUGAAUGUGAAUGACGAACUCCAAAAGGCCCUUUCCAAGUAUGAGCAACUGAAGAAGCCACUGGUGGUGCAAUCUGAACCUGCUCCUGCAAUGAUACCUGUAGCUGUCGAGCCCGAAGAUUCUCCUCAGUUCGGGAAGGAAGACGCCCUCAUCAGGAAACCAGCGGGAUCUCGAGCAAGGUCCAGUGGAGACGACGACAUGAUGGAUGAUCUCGAUGAGAUGAUCUUCGGUAAGAAACAAGGCGAUACAUCAUCCCAAGGCCAAGAAUCAAAGAAGCCACACCAGAAUGAUGAUUUGAUAAAAUUUUAAUGCCCUGAUUUCUUAAGAACAUAUUUCAUCAGAGAAAAGAUUCACCUUGUUUUCAUCUCUAUUAUUUUUCUUCUGACUUGAUAUUUGAAAGAUUAAAAGAAAAAAACAUUUGUUAAUGUAAAGUUUAUGUGUGGAAUUCUUCUUGAA